AUGGCGUCCCGCAGCAACUCCAUCAAGAAUUGGCACGAGAGUUUCAACCGAUUGGACGACGAAGACGAAGAGUCGUUGGAAGACUUGGACGACGAGAGAAGUGCCAGUGCGCGUCACGGAGAUCACAAUCGCAGCUUUGUCGACUUUCUCUUCGACCAUGGCGAUCUUGGUGUUGAUCUUGGUGUUGCCGCCUUCCAUCCCAUGGCGCAACACGCCGUGGUGAAUCCCGCCACUCUCAGUGAUUCCUUCAUCAUGAGAUCCUAUCCUUCAGCCUCUGUACUGGCCAAGGUAGAGGAAACUCAAGAGCUGGAUGAUAGCUUGCACACUGGCUAUAAGCCUAGUGGCACUAGUAGUAGUACUAGUGCUAAGACUGAAGAGACCUCAUCCAAGAACAAGAGCAAGAGCAAGAACAAGCACCACGGCAGUAUGAGCAGCAUCAACAGCAACCAGAGCCAAAAGAGCUCCAAAAGCAGCAAAAGCCACAAGAGCAGUAAGAGUCACAAGAGCCACAAGAAAAGAUCCAAGCCUAGAAGACACAGAAGCAAGGAACAUCAAUCAUCCAUGGCAGCUUCUGUUCCCAAUCUAGGCUCCAGCAGUGCCAGUCUAGAAGACUUUGUCUUCCAUAAUAUGUCCAUGAGUAUUAAUAGUAUGAUGGAACCUACAGGACCUCCACCACCAAGAUCCACUCCAAGUGCAACUACCACCAGUACCAACAACGCCAAUAAUAACAACAGCUUGGACAAGUUGGAAAUGAGCAUGAACUUGAGUCAGGUCUUUGAUCCUGAACUGCAACGACUGGAAAACUACAUGCCCCCGCCUCCACCAAAACAAACCAAACAAACCAAGCAGGAGGACAAACCCUCCAAAGCCAAGACCCGACAGUCCAUUGCAGCUUUCAAAAAGGCCGUGCCCACAGCAGCGACUGCCAUGGCCGCUAUCCGAGCCACCACACAAGCUGUACAAGAAACAGAGGCAGCUGCCAAACGAAACAGUGAUACUAGUACUACUCGUAGUACGGAACAACAAGAUACUAAUUCUACUGACACUGUACCGCCUCGAAGAACGUCGUCGGCAAAGACCCAAUCCGCCAUUGCCGCACUCAAGGGGGCCGUUCCAAAGGCGGCCAUGUCCGUGGCCGUUCUACGUGCUACCAGUGAGGCACUCGCGGACGCCGAGGCUGCCACCAAACGAAGAAGUAGUGCACAAACAAACACUGCCUCAGCAGCAGCUGCAGCUACUACUGGUACUCCCAAACAAGACGAAAACGACAAGAACAAGGACAACAAGACCGAUCUAGACAAACAACGAGAGCAAUGGCAACAGUCCAUGGCCAAUGACUUCUUGGCCGUCAUGCAAGAGGAAGAUAUCAACAACAACACCAAAGACAAGGCUGACAGUCAGGACAAAAAGGACAACGACACCACCAACAACAAUACCAACAAGGACAAGGGCUUGUCCGAGACAGUACAUACUCGAAAUGACAAUGACGACGGCGAUGAAGACGACAAGGAUGAUACCAUGAGUCAAGUGUCAGACAGCUAUCAUGACGAAGGACCCGAUAAACGAGACAGUGCCGAAGCAAGAGAAGGGGCAGUGCGAAGCUCACUAUUCUGGGUUCUUUGCAACUUUCUAGGAAUGAUGGCACUCAUGAAAUUCAUUGAACGAUGUUGUCGUUGUUGUCAAAAAGAUGACGAUUUAGAAGCUGCGGGGGCAGACUUGGCCGGUGAUGCGGCGGGGGCAAACAACAAUGGAGCUAUCGGCGGCGGGGGCACAACUGGACAGGGAAAUGCGCCUCCUCCACAACAAGCCGUCGUACAACAGAUGGCAGUCUCGGCGGCACAAAAUGCUGCCGCCAGUACCGCACAAGGAGCCAAUUCCAUGGCCACAGCGGGCGCUUCCACGGCCGGUGGAGGGGCUCUCACGGCUGUGGCUGUCGCGGCGGGAGUCAUGGGAGCGGGAGCCGUCGCGGCAACACUUGCCGUGACAACCACUAACCGUGGAAACAACCAGUUGGCGCCGGUCGCGUGGCAGUGUGACGCAAACGUCGAACCACUGCUGCAGCAAGGUCAUGUUGUGCUUUACAUUCAGGGAAUCACAAACUCAUCCUGGCUGGCAGAUCCAGUCAAUCGGCAACAGGCUGAACAGAGCUUUGCCAGCAUCUACAACACAGUCUCGGGGGAAUGUCAAGGCACCUAUCAGCGAAUACUCGAGUCGGCGACGUUGAAUGAAAAUGAUUGGGAGCAGAUCAACAACUACUUCCGAACCAACUGGACAACAUCUGUUUGGUGCAAUGGAGCUUGUCCGGAUAUCGAACCACUCUUUUACAUUCGCGCCGAGGAUUACGACAGCCAGGCAGCCGCCUUGUACGGUGGGAGUGAUUCUGCCGUUUCUGGUGGUCCUGGAGCUGGGUCUUUGGAAACUCCCCCAUCAACUACCACGGCAGCUGCCAGAAGCAGUGCGUUGCCUGUGCCGGCAUUGGACAAGGAUCGUGUCACGCGACGGGAGCUUCAAACAGCUGCUGUCAAUGAACAGGAGGCUUGGUUCCUACUAGCCUUUGCAUCCAAUCUCAGUCAAGCGCUCACCACAGUGGUCCACGGAGCUGACAAUGCCGCAACGCAAGAAAACAAGGUGGUCGUGUUUGAUGGGUACACAAUCUCGCCUCUUGAUGGGGAACUAGUGGAACGAAUGGGUUCAGUUGAAAACGGGUCACCCUUUAGCGACAUUAAUGUCACCCAAGAUAUCCUCGAACAGGCAGGUGUUGCGUCCCAUCAAAGACCCAUCUAUGAUGAUGUCGUUCCGGUUUGCAAAGAAACCCCGUCGCAAACCACAGAAACUGGGAAUGUUCACAUGAUGAUUGAAAACUUAGACUGCAAAAUGCUGCAGAAAGGAGAUUCCUUGGCGCAAUUGGAAGACGUCUUUCGAGCUGUGUUUAAUCGCGUUGGACAUGGUUGCGAUGGAUUGUUUCAACGUGUCAUGCAGGGUGCCAUCCUCGUGGACUGCGAGCCCAUGACUGCAUUCGAUUCAACUCGAGGGGAAAUCAAGUACGCAGAUACCAAUUGGACGUCAGAUGUCCUGUGCGACGGGUGCAUGGAUCCGGAACCUCUGUUCCUCGAGACAUAUCGAAGACUCUUGCGACGACGGCUUCAGAACGCGGAGUUUCUCAAGAGCUUUGUGGCAAACAUGACGAAAGAAAUGAACGAUCUCAUGGGAAACGGGGUGGACCUGAUUGACGCUUUCUAUGGCGCCAGCAUGUCAACCGUUGACCCAAGCACCAUUGUGGAAUUCACGGGGCAAAAGAUUACCGGUGGUGUUCCUGUAGAAAAGGACUUCGAGUGGCUGAACCCAAAGCUGAGUCAAAAUCUCGGCCCAGACCAGCUCAACCAAGAGACCGUUGCGGGUGGUGGUGAAAAUAACAUCUUUGAUCAAGAGAACGGGUCCACUGCGCAAGAUGCUACCCCUAACUCCACCAACGUCGUCGAGGAACCUAUUUGUGCCACUGAUAAUGGCGAAGUCUUCACCUAUGAAGAAGGCCGUAUCAACCUGCUUGUUGAAAACGUUCCUCCGGAACUUAUUAGCUUCACCGACAAAGGCAACACGGAAGUGAUGGAAGCGGUUUUCAAAGACGCCUACAAUUCAGUCUCAGGAAUGUGCGAAGGUGUCUUCAAACGAAUUGUUCACAAUGCUACUCUUCUCUCUUACUCAUUUGAGGAACGAGGAGACGGAAACCCUUAUGUGGACACUACGUGGAAGGCCAAUGUGAGCUGCAGCGGAUGCAACCCCAAGGAGCCAUUGUUCCUCGCUGCGCCGGGGAACGAUGCAGUCUCGAAUGCAAGAGCCAGACAGCUGCAGAUGGAUCUUGCGUCUUUGCUGGGUAUAUUCUCGACUCAGUUCAGUUCAGACUUCAACGAAGCUGUAAAGAGCGUUGUCCUUGCUGAAGAUCCUGCCGCCGACGGCUGGACCCCUUUGACUGUCUUCUAUGUUGCCACCUUGUCUUCAGAUGGAUCAGAGGUGAUGCAGUCCACUGGGUACCAUCCCCAAUUCUACGUGAAUGUGGGCAAUGGAGUGUCAAGACCGAACAGAGAGAGGCCGGAGGGCAGACCAAACGGAGGAGAAAAUUGGAACAGCACAGACUUGAUGAAUGCGUGUCUGAUGGACCUUGUGCUGGAAGAUAAGAACUACAACAACAUGCUUGACAAGCAAGAGUAUGUUAAGUUCAUUCACAAGUACACCAAGCAGAUUUUCCCGGAGUUUGACCUGCACAUAAUCCAAAGGGAACUUCCCUCGUUUCCUAGACUUCCAACCGAGCUGCAAGAAAACUUCGAACUGUUUUCGGCUGGAGGGGCGAUCCCGAUCUAUGGGGACAAGCACCAGCAGGGGGUGCCAAUCGAACAAGAACACUUUCUGCUAAAUUUCUGCAACGGAACAGCGGAUCUUCUUUGGUUUGAUUUUGGACCGGCGGUCACCAACUCUCCUGAAGCUGUCAGGACUCUGGCACCGACUUUGUCGCCAAGUGCUCCAUCUAUGUCUCCGUCUACUUCACCAUCAACGAUGCCUACAAUUGGUGAAGUUGGCGGAGACGUUUCAGUUACGCUUCCUCCUACCGGUACAGUGACCUCCUCACCAUCGGGUUCCUCAGCGGCUACCGGUAUACCAUCGGAUGCUCCUUCGGAGUCGCUUUCUGCAACCGUGGCCACUUCCAGUCCGACAGAAGCUCCCUCCGUGGUCACGGCUUCUCCAUCGUCUGCUACCAACACCUUUCCAUCGGUUUCUACCACUGCCUCUCCAUCUGUUUCUACUACUGCCUCUCCAUCGGCUUCUGCUACUGCCUCUCCGUCGUCUGUCGCCACUGCUUCUCCAUCGGUCUCUACCACUACCUAUCCGUCGUCUGUGGCCACUGCUUCUCCUACGGGCGCCGCAAUGUCGCCUACUACUGCUCCUUCUAGUACAGCGUCUCCAACCUCCAGUGCGCCUGCAGAAGGAACUCCUUUCACCGCCGCUCCAACAGAAGCGACGACAAGCUCUCCCUCGAGUGCUGCCGCCACGACAGCUGCUCCCACGUCCACCAGUAUUACGUCGAUUCCAACUGUAACACCCACCGAGGCUACCGUUGUCACAUCAGCGCCAACCAUGUCUCCGACACCAGAGGGCUUGGUGAGAAUGAGGUACCAAAUCCAGUUCUACAUCAACUAUCCUGGCUACACAGAUCGAUUACCAGAACCUGAAGAGUAUGAAGGCCUUCGAUCUGCCUUGGAGGUUUAUUUCUUUGGUCUUAUAUCUGAGCAAUACGAAAACUCUGACGAAACGACAUUGAUUGGGCAUGACUUGACAUUGCUGACGACAGAGUUCAUUCCCAAUCCUACGGACAGUCGAUACAGUCAACGUCUCUACUUUGACUCAGACUUUAUGUUUGAUGGGGUGACUCCUCACAUCAAGGAACUUUUCGAUGUGUUUGACAAUAUGUCUCUGCAAGCGUUGACCGAGGGAGCGGUGUGGUCAGCCAAGCCGCAAAACGGAAUUUUCUAUGCAACUGCAGGUAUUUUGUGGACCACCGACCUGGAAGUUCGGGGACGAUCCAUUGCAAGCAACAAGGCUGAAAGAGGAGUCUCUCUGGAUACUCCUGCCACUACUGCGACAAGCAGGGAGUUCACACCCCAACGACCACAAACACCCAGCACUGGUUCUGGCAAUCCAUAA